UUCAAGAGUCGUUAUCCUUGCGUAGACAAAAGAUAACAUAAUCCUCCCCACUUUUCUUCCUUCUUUCCUUCCUUUCUUUAAAAUUCUCUCCUCUUUCUCGGCUGAUUUUAAGACACGAAAUGGGAGGAAGUUCGCCUUGUGCUUCCUGCAAGCUGUUGAGACGUCGCUGUGCCAAGGACUGCAUCUUCGCUCCCUACUUCCCUUCCGACGACCCACAUAAGUUCGCCAUUGUUCACAAGGUCUUCGGUGCUAGCAACGUUAGCAAAAUGUUACAGGAGCUUCCGAUUCAUCAGAGAGCGGACGCAGUAAGCAGCUUAGUAUACGAAGCAAAUGCGAGAGUGCGAGACCCUGUUUACGGAUGCGUCGGGGCGAUCUCCUACUUGCAGAACCAAGUCUCUCAGUUGCAGAUGCAGCUUGCAGUGGCUCAAGCUGAGAUCCUUUGCAUCCAGAUGCAGCAGGAACCUGCCUUACCAACCCACCAGAUUGUCUCAGACGACAGAUCACUUCUUCACAGUAACCUCAGUAACCUUCCCCAGUAUCUCAACUUUGCCUCUACAAGCAAUGUAAUCCAAGAUCCUCUCAAGAGAGAAUCUCUCUGGACAUGACAAAAUUUUUUUCUUUUCUUUUCUUUUUUUUUUCCUUCUUCUAAUGAAUAUUAAUGGUGCC